UCACAAUAAUUCCGGUUGGAUAUUCUAUUGCUGAGAUAAAGCCAUCUAUUGCCUGUGGACCUUUCAGGGGUCUGCCAACCAUUUGGAGUGAAAUGGUACAUGUAAUAUCAGAAUCUCCAAACUGGAUACAGGCAGUCCUCUUCUUCAUGGGCACGGCUGGCUUUGCAGUACCAGCCAUUAUCAUCCUCAUCCUGGCAUGGUACUACUAUUAUGCGGUUGCUGCGGCUAACAAACACAUGGUCGCACUCCUCAAGAAUCAGCUGAUCCUUGAGGGGCACGACAAGCAGUUCCUCCUGACGCGACUCGACCAGAUGAUCAAGAAGACGACUGAGGAGGAAGAGGCAGCCCGGUCCUCGCGCAGUACAGAGGAAGAGACAGGUCACAGUAACGAUCAGACACUAGAGGCUUAAGGCUACCUUUUGGUGGCAGGGUUUCGUUCUAAUAAGCAGAUACCCAAAUAUUUACAUACACAUACAUGCACACAGCAACACACGUGCACACAUUAUAUGCACUCAUACAUAGAUUAAUAAUGCAGUAAGUAAAGUAGUGUGUGCUGUGUUCAUUUCCCGAUUAUCAUCCUCUUGUUAAAUUUUAUGAAAUGAAAGCAGGUGGAAAGAUAAUUGUUUGAAAGAUGUCUAUGUGGGUCAGUGAUGUGUAUUCAGGCCCCAUUUGCAAUAUACAUGUAUAUACAAGUAAUGAAUGAUUUAACAUAAUUUAUUUGAUGGGAAGGUAAGAGUGAUGUAAACUUUUUUUUUUUUUUUUUUUUUUUUCUAACAAAAGAUUUAUCAUUUAAUAUAAUUGAUAUGAAAAAAAUUUCUUCCUGAAAGCUGAAUGUUCAAUUUAAUUAACAGGUGGGGAAGAUUGAUGAUUUAUUUAUUUAUUUAUUUAUUCAUUUAUUUUUUAUCAAAUAAUCAAUUAUCUUUGCUCAGUGCGUAUUGAUUUUUAUUGUUAAUAUUAUUUUCUUUGAUUUCCACUUAUUAAUUUCAGGUGUAAUUGUGUGACGGUUGUGAUACGGGCCCAUUUCCUUGUCAGACUUACAUUAUAGAAAAAAAAAGAAAAAAAAAAAGUAGGAGAAUGGUUUUAAAGAGUAACAUGUCACACUUACGUUAAUUUUCUGAGUUUGUUUGUUGUGUUAUAUCUCAGGUAGAGACUUGGUAUAUUCUAAUCUUUGUAUGGUUUAUAUUUAGACUUUUCACGUGCAUUUUGAUUCUUUUCACAUAAAUAGUGAUUAUAGUAUUAUUUGUUUUGCAUAUGGCUGUUACCCGUUAUUUUUUACGAACUAUAAUAUUUUGAUAUCUUUAAUUACUGUAACUGUAUUUAAUCCCAUGAUUAUAUAAAGCUCUUUGUAUC